GGCCCUAUAGAAUCCUUUGGCUGUCUUCGUACCGAGGAUAACCAAAGCGCAGAGUGGACAUGUAAAGAUUCGGUACCUGCCGGUGCUCUCCUCCCAAAGUUAAUUGCGAUGCUGCACAGCAACACCGUAAUGGUGAACAAUGACUGUGCCGCAGGUGGAACAAUGGCUUGUAUCUGCUCCCGAUCGAUCCAACGAUGUUGUGAACUCCAAGAGCGGACCAUCCACCCAAACAAGGCCUGGUGCCAGAACCACUGUGGGUCUGUGGAUGUUUGUAACAGCGGCUAUAUAUGAAGGAUUGUUCAAACGGUCGAGCAUCACCAACAGUUUCUGAGUUAACCAUGCAUCCCGCUUUACUAGUCGACGACAUCGUUCACGCUAUCUUGCAAAAUGUCACGAGAGCGACAGACGUCAUAAAAUUUGCAAGCACUUGUUCUGCUAUCUCUUCUCCCGCCCUCGAUAUACUCUGGUGUACACAGUCGAACUUGGGACCCCUCAUCAUGUGUCUGCCUGAAGACACUUGGAAAGUCGGAAAUGACAAUCUGAUACGCCUUUCCCGCGAACCGCUACCCACGGAAUGGGAACGCGUCAGAAUUAACGCGUCUAGGAUACGCAAGCUCGUCAGCAACCCCAUUGGCCAUCGCAAGCGCCCCCCAACACCGCAUCGCGAUGUCCUACAACAACUUUUCGCCCAGUUUCCGCCCACUUCGCUCUUCCCUAACCUCGUCGCAUUGGAUUUCCAAGUAGUGUUUGACCUUGCGGAGUUUAGUGCAAACUUCUCGCUACUUCGCCAGUUCCUCUCGCCCGGAUUAGAAAUGCUUGCCUUUUGCGUACCGUUAGGCCUCCCGGCGCAUGAGGUACAGCAAUUGGUUGAUGCCUUUCCGGCAGAAGCGUCCGGCCUGCGGCAAUUGGUGAUAUCCGCCAAGUCAGGCGAUUCGCCUUGCCACAUCGACCUCCCUCUUAACAAGCUGGGAAAGUUGAUUACGCUGGACGUAAUCCGCAACGUGUGUCUGACGAGGCAUAGCAUUGCUGAUAUCGGGCGCAUGCGUUCUCUACAAGUCCUGGCACUUACUUUGCAUGAAGAAUCCGGCGUUCUGGAGGACUCACGAUUAACGGGUAUGCCAGUUGAAUUGAGCGCCCUAGACCGCCUCACGCUCACCGCUGAUCGCAUGCAACUUUGCACAUCCUUCCUUCUUCGCGUUAUCACCCCACACUUAUCAAGCAUCAACAUCAAUUACACUGAAUAUGCUACACCGGGAGAGGUCGACAAGCUCGUACUAUCCCUGCAGACGUCUUGCCAAUCCUUUGCUCUCGAAGAAAUAUCUAUUGAACGUUCCCCGCAUCAAGACUUUAACAAGGAGCACAGCCCACUUCCUUCCCACCUUUUCCGGCCCUUGCUCAAGUUCAGAAGGCUGAAGACUGCCAAGUUCUUCGCCAUGGGAAAAUACUGUCUUGAUGAUGCUUUCAUCGAGGAUAUUGCAGUUGCUUGGCCGGAUAUUCACGAUUUACGGUUUGCCUCAAAGGAAACGGUCAAUUCCACUGUCACCUUCGCCGCAAUGCUUUCAUUAGCCUCGCGAUGUAGAUCACUGCGUCUCCUACAUUUAACCUUCGAUGCCACCCAAACGCCCGCACUCCCCCCCGGCCGGCAGAGCGAAGGCGCACCGGACAGAGACCAUCAUUCGUGGCCCAAGCAAACAGCUCUCCGAAUGCUGCAUGUCGGACACUCGAAGGUGUCGACAACGAGAUCUCCCGCGUUCGUCCUGGCUACAGUGUUUCCCAAUCUGCUUAAUAUCGCCUCGUAUCAAACGCCCGGUGUUUCCUAUGAUAUUCAGUGGCGACAAGUAGCAACGCCAUUUAGAUAUUUGGUGAGUCCUCGGGAGGCCGGUCCACGCAUGGCGAAUAUACCGUCUAUGUUUGGGGGAUAUUUGCCGUGA